AGCUGGUACCUUAUAUACCCAACCCUUUUUGUCUAGAAGACCUGACCUGACCGCUACAAAUCAAUGAAUAAAUAAAUAAAUCCUCUCACAUUACAUGUCUCGCAAUACCAGGGGAAGGGAAAUUAUUAUUACUUUUGAGCAGGUUUUUGGGCGCCUCUUGCAUCUCCAUAGAUUGAAACCCCGACGUCAACGGAUCGAGUAUCAGGCGGCCGCCACAGUUUUUCUUCGUUCACAGUCUGCCCAUAUUGAAGGAGAUUCGGUACGGCCGUUUUGAGAUUGUUAAGGGGAAAAAGAAAUUAAUGAACGAUUAGGGGGAAAUGGUGGUGGAAUUUGGAUGAGUGUGAAAGAAAGAAAUGGUUGGAUCUUUGGAUUGUAUGGGUGAAGGAUGCCUGAACUGCGCAGUGGAAUGCGCAAGGGUCGUGUUCCCCCUUUGAAUAAUAAUAAUAAACCCCAGCGUAGCCCGCCCGCAAACCGUGCCAGACGUGGGAUCCCCAACAACAAGAAGAAAAAUAACGACGUUGAUAAGAAAAAGAUAAUCGCAUCCGAUCAUGUGCGUACCAGAGCUGCUGUAGCAAAAGAGGCGGCGGACCUAGCGAAGCAGCACAAAAUCCCUGAUACGGACAUUGCGAUCGCACAGCCGAAGAAUUUGCCCAAGAGAAACAGAACAGGGCGUAGGGUAACUAAGCCUGUAGCAGUUAGGUUGAGUCUCCGUGAAGAGAAAGGUCGGCAGUCAGCAGAGGCGAAAGCUGGGGAAGAUUUAGCCGCGGUUAGGGAUAGUGUUGCUGACGAAAAGAUGGAUGAUGACAGUGCAGGGAGGAGCGCCGAUAAGCUCCCUGCUGCUGAGGACGAAGGCAGUACCGCACCUCUUCCUGAAAAGGUUCAAGUAGGUGGCUCUCCUCUUUAUAAAAUAGAAAGGAAGUUGGGCAAAGGUGGUUUUGGUCAAGUUUAUGUUGGUCGUCGUGUUUCUGGUGGUACAGCUACAGGUCCUAAUGCUAUUGAGGUUGCUCUAAAAUUUGAACACAGGAGUAGUAAAGGCUGCAAUUAUGGCCCUCCGUAUGAGUGGCAAGUUUAUGCUGCUCUUGGAGGGAGUCAUGGUGUUCCACGAGUCCACUACAAGGGUCGUCAGGGCGAUUACUAUAUUAUGGUCAUGGAUAUCUUGGGCCCUAGUUUAUGGGAUGCUUGGAAUUCAUCUGGACAAGCGAUGUCUACUGAAAUGGUGGCAUGCAUAGCUGUAGAAUCUAUAUCUAUUUUAGAGAAGAUGCAUUCCAGAGGUUAUGUUCAUGGUGAUGUAAAACCUGAAAAUUUUCUGCUCGGUCAACCUGGUACACCAGAUGAAAAGAAAUUAUUUCUUGUUGAUCUUGGGUUAGCAACAAAGUGGAAGGAUGCCGGAACUGGACAGCAUGUAGACUAUGACCAAAGGCCAGAUGUGUUCAGAGGAACUGUUCGAUAUGCCAGUGUGCAUGCACAUCUGGGAAGAACUGCAAGCAGGAGGGACGAUCUUGAAUCACUUGCAUAUACUCUAAUAUUUCUACUCCGUGGCAGAUUGCCAUGGCAAGGCUACCAGGGUGACAAUAAAGGGUUCCUGGUUUGCAAGAAAAAAAUGGCCACUUCGCCAGAAAUGCUCUGCUGCUUUUGCCCACAACCUUUCAAGCAGUUCCUGGAAUUUGUUGUAAAUUUGAAAUUUGAUGAGGAGCCUAACUAUUCAAAAUUAAUCUCACUUUUUGAUGGCAUUAUUGCUCCAAAUCCAGCUGUCAGACCAAUAAAUACGGAUGGUGCACAAAAGGUUGGUCAAAAACGAGGCAGGUUGACAAUGGAUGAAGAUGAUGAGGAACAACCAAAGAAGAAAGUACGGCUAGGAAUGCCAGCUACACAGUGGAUAUCUGUUUACAAUGCUCGGCGUCCCAUGAAGCAGAGGUAUCACUAUAAUGUUGCAGAUACCAGGCUGGCACAACAUGUUGAAAAAGGAAAUGAAGAUGGCCUGUUCAUAAGCUGUGUGGCCUCCUGCUCAAACCUGUGGGCCCUCAUUAUGGAUGCAGGAACUGGGUUUACAGCACAAGUAUAUGAACUUUCACAGUUCUUUCUUCACAAGGAAUGGAUUAUGGAACAAUGGGAAAAAAAUUAUUAUAUCAGUGCAAUAGCAGGGGCCAAUAAUGGGAGUUCUUUGGUUGUAAUGUCUAAAGGGACACCAUAUACACAACAAUCUUAUAAAGUCAGUGAGUCUUUUCCAUUUAAGUGGAUAAACAAGAAAUGGAGAGAGGGCUUCUAUGUGACUUCAAUGGCCACUGCAGGAACUCGUUGGGGAGUUGUCAUGUCACGCAAUGCAGGGUUUACAGAUCAGGUGGUGGAACUUGAUUUUCUGUAUCCAAGUGAAGGCAUCCAUAGGCGCUGGGAUACUGGUUAUCGCAUCACUGCGACUGCAGCAACAGUUGAUCAGGCUGCAUUUGUGCUUAGUGUUCCCAGACGAAAACCAGGGGAUGAAACCCAAGAAACGCUUCGCACUUCUGCCUUCCCCAGUACUCAUGUCAAGGAAAAAUGGGCAAAGAAUCUUUAUCUUGCGGCUGUGUGUUAUGGACGGACCGUGUCAUAAAAGAUUCAACAUGUUGAAGUAUUAUUGUGUAAAUUUUGAAAAUACCAUCUUGUGCUUGCAGUAGAAAAUCUCAUAUUAAUCAUCUGCUGUAGGGCCAAGUUUGUAAAGUUCACUAUCUCCUAAAAGGUAAUUUUGAAAGAAAGGUGCAGGUUAGGGAGUUUUGCCUUGCAAGCUGGCUGCUUGUGUAUACUAUUUAAUCUCAUUGCAUUGUGGCCAACAGAGAAGCUGCACAGGAUGUGCACAUUAUGUUCUAUAUGUUUUUAUUGGUAGGAAAUCUCACUCCACAUGAUCUCAUUCUCCAACUGAAUCCAGAUCAUUAUUUCAAAGCAGAGCAGGCGACAAAUAUAUUUAAAUUAAAAAUUUUAUA